CGGAGAGGCUAAUCCACCAGCUGAUUCACGGCUUCAUCCCAUCACCCCACUGAGCAGCCCCUCAGCCCGCUAUAAGGAAACAAACAAACAAACAAACAAACAAAGUUGCACUCCGAGUCAGGGGCGCCUCGUGUCUCCUCUCUCUUCUUUUAGGCAGCCCCCCUCCCUCUCUCCGCUCCCUCGCAGCCUCCCACUCCCCUUCCCUCAUCCCCAUCCUCCUUCUCUGUUUCGGCUGGAGGUGCCAGGACCCUCGGCCGCAGAUCCCCUCCCCCGCCGCUCCCGUGCCUUCUUGUCCGGCCCUCCCUCCCCCGCCGCGGCCGGCACAGCCAAUCCCCCGAGCGGCCGCCAACAUGCUUUUUGAGGGCUUGGAGCUGGUGUCGGCGCUGGCCACCCUCGCCGCGUGCCUGGUGUCGGUGACGCUGCUGCUGGCCGUGUCGCAGCAGCUGUGGCAGCUGCGCUGGGCUGCCACCCGUGACAAGAGCUGCAAGCUGCCCAUCCCCAAGGGCUCCAUGGGCUUCCCGCUCAUCGGAGAGACCGGCCACUGGCUGCUGCAGGGCUCUGGCUUCCAGUCCUCGCGGAGGGAGAAGUAUGGCAACGUGUUCAAGACGCACUUGCUGGGGCGGCCCCUGAUCCGCGUGACGGGAGCGGAGAACGUGCGCAAGAUCCUCAUGGGGGAGCACCACCUCGUGAGCACCGAGUGGCCGCGCAGCACGCGCAUGCUGUUGGGCCCUAACACGGUGGCCAACUCCAUCGGCGACAUCCACCGCAACAAGCGCAAGGUUUUCUCCAAGAUCUUCAGCCAUGAGGCCCUGGAGAGUUACCUGCCCAAGAUCCAGCUGGUGAUCCAGGACACACUGCGUGCCUGGGGCAGCCACCCUGAGCCCAUCAACGUGUACCAGGAAGCUCAGAAACUCACCUUCCGCAUGGCCAUCCGUGUGCUGCUGGGCUUCAGCAUCCCCGAGGAAGACCUGGGCCACCUCUUCGAGGUCUAUCAGCAGUUCGUGGAGAACGUCUUCUCCCUGCCUGUGGACCUGCCCUUCAGUGGCUACCGUCGGGGGAUCCAGGCCCGGCAGAUCCUGCAGAAGGGCCUGGAGAAGGCGAUCCGUGAGAAGCUGCAGUGCUCCCAGGGCAAGGACUACUCGGACGCCCUGGACAUCCUCAUCGAGAGCAGCAAGGAGCAUGGGAAGGAGAUGACCAUGCAGGAGCUCAAGGAUGGCACCCUGGAGCUGAUCUUCGCUGCCUAUGCCACCACGGCCAGCGCCAGCACCUCGCUCAUCAUGCAGCUACUGAAGCACCCGGCCGUGCUGGAGAAGCUGCGGGAGGAGCUGCGGGCCCAGGGCAUCCUGCGCAGCGGCGGCUGCCCUUGUGAGGGCACACUGCGCCUGGACACGCUCAGCGGCCUGCACUACCUGGACUGUGUCAUCAAGGAAGUGAUGCGGCUCUUCACGCCCAUCUCUGGGGGCUACCGCACUGUGCUGCAGACCUUCGAGCUGGAUGGUUUCCAGAUCCCCAAAGGCUGGAGCGUCAUGUACAGCAUCCGGGACACCCAUGACACUGCGCCCGUCUUCAAAGAUGUGAACGUGUUUGACCCCGACCGCUUCGGACAGGCUCGCAGCGAAGACAAGGACGGCCGUUUCCACUACCUGCCGUUCGGUGGCGGCGUCCGGACCUGCCUGGGCAAGCACCUGGCCAAGCUCUUCCUGAAGGUGCUGGCGGUGGAGCUGGCCAGCACCAGCCGCUUCGAGCUGGCCACGCGGACCUUCCCCCGCAUCACCCUGGUCCCCGUCCUGCACCCCGUGGGUGGCCUCAGCGUCAAGUUCUUUGGCCUGGACUCCAACCAGAACAAGAUCUUGCCAGAGACGGAGGCCAUGCUGAGUGCCACUGUCUAAAUGCCCAGCCAGGCUGGGGGGUGGGAGUGGAUGGAAGGGCAGAAACCUGUGUGUGGGAGGGGGUUGGAGCAGGGAAAGGGGGAACAGCCCCUCCCCCACUCGACCCUCCCAUUUUCCCCCCCUCCCUGAUGAACCCUACCCAAAGCCAAAAGGGCCGCUUCCUCCCAAGAGAUGGGGGCCCAACUCCUGGCCCCCUGCUUCUCUCCAGUCUCUUCUUGCUCCCU